AUGCACGCGCUGCUGCCCCGCCUUGCUCUCCUCUGCCUCGCCGCCCAGCAAACCGGUCUGCUGCCGGUGGCCAUGGCGCGAACCAACCUGACCGUGGGAGACGCCCUGACGCCGCCCGGGUACAUCACCAGCCCGUCCGGCGGCUUCGCCUUCGGCUUCCGCGCCCUCGACUCCGACCCGACCAAGUUCAUCCUCGCCACGUGGUUCCACCUCGGGGACGACGGCAGCUCCUCCCAGCCGCAGUCUGUAGUGUGGUUUGCGAAAAAGACGACCAUGGGCGACACGCCGAUCGCCACCAACGAGUCCGUCCUCAGCGUCACGGCCGACGGCCACCUCACGCUCACCGACGGCAGCGGCCAGGAGCUGUGGAGGGCCCCGACCCCCAGCAUGCAACGCGGGUCCGUGCUCGCGCUGAGCGACUCUGGCAAUGCUCGGUUCCUCGGCGGCGACGGGGACACCGUGCUCUGGGAGAGCUUCCAGUACCCGACGGACACGCUGCUGCCCGGGCAGCCCCUGGCUCCGUCGCCAGGGUCCCCGCUCGGGGGGUAUCUCUUCUCCAAGCGCGCGGACGCGGAGUUCGCCACGGGGCGGUUCAGCCUGGCGGCCCAGCCCGACGGCAACGUCGUCCUCUGCAUCGACCUCUUCACCGGUCACAUACAGCACAACUCCUACUGGGCCACCAACACGUACGGCUCCGGCGACAACACGACCGUCACCCUGGACGACCGGGGCUUUCUCAACUACACGCUUCACGAUGGCACCAUUCACAGCUUGAUUUCGCCGCCGGCGAGCAGCUCCGGCAGCCAUGGCGGCGACUACCUGCACUUCGCCAGGAUGGACACUGACGGCAUCGUCCGUACCUACACCCGCCCUAGAAACGGCGGCGGAAACACGCCUUGGACGGUGUCGGGAGCGCUCCCCGGCGACGGAGGCUGCACCAAGAUAACGUCCUUGAGGCAGGGCCUGUGCGGCCCAGGGUCUUACUGCGUGGAGACCAGAGAUCGGCUCAGCUGCCUGUGCCCGAGCGGGUACACUUACGUGGACGCGCAGCACACCGACAGCGGCUGCACGCCGGAGUUGGAGCCGCACAGCAGCUGCGGCGGGGAGAACGGCGGCUCCGACGAGUUCUCGUUCGUCGAGAUGCCCAACACCACCUGGGAGAUUUCGCUGUACCACAAGAAGUACCCGUCGGUCACGGAGGAGCAGUGCAGGAGCUACUGCCUCAGCCACUGCUACUGCGCGGCCGCGCUGAUGAUCAACGGAUCCGACUGCGCAGAGGUGGGGGCGCUCACGUACGGCCGGCGGGCGGACGACAUCACGACGACGACGCUGAUCAAAGUGCGCAAGGGGAAUGCUCCUUACACGGAUGGACCGUCGGCGGCAACGAGAAAGAUGCUACGUCCCUACAAGAUCGCCACCCUUUGCGUCUCCGGCCUCCUGUUGAUCACCAUCAGCGGCCUCGUGGCACGGCGCUACCUCGUCGGGGACGGCGAUAGCCAGCGGCCAUUGAACUAUGGCGUGAGAGCGUUCAGCUGGAAAGAGCUACACCAAGCCACCAACGGCUUUCAGAAACUGUUGGGCAAAGGGAGCUUCGGGGAGGUCUACAAAGGGACGAUAAGAUCGCCGCAGCCACACCCCAUUGCGGUGAAGAAGCUCAUCGACUCCAACGAGUACAGCGAGCAGGAGUUCACCAACGAGGUGCAGUCCAUCGGGCAGAUCCACCACCGGAACCUGGUCCGUAUGAUCGGCUACUGCAAAGAAGGCAAGCAUCGGAUGCUGGUCUUCGAGUUCAUGCCUGGCGGGUCGCUACGUGGAGCCCUCUUCGUCAACCAAGAGAGGCGGCCUCCAUGGUGCUGGCGUGCCGAGGCCGCCCUGGCCAUCGCCCGGGGGCUCGAGUACCUCCACGACGGCUGCAGCGCCCCGGUCAUCCACUGCGACAUUAAGCCUGACAACAUCCUGCUAGACGACCACGGCGUCCCGAGGAUCACCGACUUCGGGAUCUCCAAGCUGCUGGGGAGCCAGCAAGUGCACACCACGGUGACCCAUAUCAGGGGCACCAGAGGGUACAUCGCGCCCGAGUGGCUCCGCAGCGAAGCGCGCGUCGACACCAAGGCGGACGUGUACAGUUUCGGUGUUGUGCUGCUGGAGAUGAUCUGCUGCCGGAGGUGCCAGGAGCGUGUGGUGCAGGACAACCUGCCGACGGGCACAGUAGAUGACGAUGAGACGGUCACGCUGUUCGGCUGGGCGGCGCAGCUAGUGGUCGCGCGAAGGACGGAGCUGAUGCUAGACGGCGAUGCGGAGGUUGAGACCGUAGAGGACGUGGAGAAGGUAGAGCAGUUCGCGCGCGUGGCGCUCUGGUGCAUCGAGCCGAACCCGCAGCUGCGGCCGACCAUGCACCAAGUGGUGCAGAUGCUGGAGACCAGGAACGGGGCUCAGAUUCAGGCACUGCCUGACCCUCCAAACUGCUACGUAGAAUCCUCACCUCUAAUUCCUCAGCUCAAAGAUUGA